UUGACUGGUUCUCUCAUUCUGUGUUGCCGUUUGUUAUAGAUCCGGAUAACAUGGCGCAGCUCUACGCAGUUCUAUUUUUGGCGGCUGCUUGCAGUAUAAACACAUCAUGGGCUCAAGAGGGCUACAACUAUGAUAGACCCCAGAAUCCCUUGGUGUCGGGUCUAGGAGGCAGUACGUCUAGACCGGGCUCUUCACCCUCCGGCUUCACUACUGGUCGCCCCUUAGGGGAUGAGUACCCCACCUCUCCCGGCGAUUCUGGAUACAACUACCAGAGACCUGAGGGAUCUGGUCUGUCUACUGGUAGACCCUCUACAGCCGGAGGAUAUCCAUCAGGACAAGGUGGCUUCACUGGAACGACUUCAGGAGGCUUCCCUGGUACUACACCUAGACCUGGAUUUCCAGGAUCAAGUCCUGGAUUUCCAUCAACUUCCGGCCCAGGCGCUCCAGGAAGUGGCACAACAUCAGGUUACCAAGGAUAUCCAUCUGGUCCCUCUCAAGGCCAGUUUCCUAGUUCUACCCCAAGACCAGGAGGAUAUCCUGGAAGCCAGCAAGGUGGAUUUCCUGGGUCAACUUCAGCAUAUCCAUCUGGUCCAUCAGAUAGUGGGUUUCCUUCCAGUACUUCACGUCCUUCAUCAGGAGGGUACCCGUCUGGGCCGCAAGGUGGUUCUACAUCUGGAGGUUAUCCAAGUGGACAGCAAGGUGGUUUCCCAGGGUCAACAGCUAGACCUGGAGGAUAUCCGAGUGGGCAGGGCGGUUUCCCCGGAUCUACCCCUGGACCUAAUGGAUAUCCGAGUGGACAACAAGGUGGUUUUCCCGGAUCAACGACAGGACCUGGUGGAUACCCGAGUGGUCAACAAGGUGGAUUCCCCGGAUCAACAGCAAGGCCUGGUGGAUAUCCGAGUGGACAACAAGGUGGAUUUCCAGGGUCUACUACUGGACCUAGUGGAUAUCCGAGUGGGCAACAAGGUGGAUAUCCUGGAUCGACGGCUGGACCUGGAGGAUUUCCGAGUGGACAGCAAGGUGGUUUCCCAGGAUCGACAGCUGGACCUGGAGGAUACCCGAGCGGUCAACAAGGUGGUUUCCCAGGAUCUACGUCUGGACCUGGUGGAUAUCCGAGUGGACAACAAGGUGGAUUUACUGGAUCGACGGCUGGACCUGGAGGAUACCCGAGUGGGCAACAAGGUGGUUUUCCAGGAUCAACGGCAAGGCCUGGUGGAUACCCAAGUGGACAACAAGGUGGCUUCCCUGGAUCAACGACCAGACCUGGCGGAUAUCCGAGUGGGCAACAAGGUGGAUUUCCAGGAUCAACGGCAAGGCCUGGUGGAUAUCCGAGUGGACAACAAGGUGGUUUCCCUGGAUCGACGACUGGACCUGGUGGAUAUCCGAGUGGACAACAAGGUGGUUAUCCUGGAUCCACUACAGGAAAUAAAGGAGGAUUUCCAUCAACUACUCCACGACCUGGUGGUGCUCAGGGAUAUCCAGGAUCUCAAGGCGGAUUUCCUAGUUCUACUUCAAGACCAGGAUUUCCUGGUCAAACAGGGCCGACGGGUGGAUCACAAGGAACAUUUGCUGAUGAAUAUCCCGGGGAUGAUGGCAGUCAAUCAGAUUUUGGAGGUCAAAGACCUGGUGGAUUUCCAGGUAGCCAAGGCAGUCAAUUUCCAUCGGGUGGUGCUGGAAGACCUGGAAGUUUUCCUGGAAGUCAAGGACAGUUUCCAACCGGUGGAGUUGGAGGAUUUCCUGGCGCACAAGGAGGUCAACGUCCAGGAGGGUUUAUUCCUGGAGCAUCAGGUGGAGAUGGUGACGAUGGAUCUUAUGACGAGGGCGAUUAUUCAGCUAUUCCAGGAGAGCCUGGCACCGAUUAUCCUAUAUUCUCAGAGGUUCCAGAAACUUCUUUUAGGUGUGAUCAGCAGCAAUUUCCAGGAUAUUAUGCGGAUGUUGAAACAAGAUGUCAAGCUUUCCAUAUAUGUGCUAACAAUAAGACAUACGAUUUCCUUUGUCCGAACGGUACAGUAUUCCACCAAGAAUAUUUCGUUUGUGUUUGGUGGAACCAGUUUGAUUGUAAUUCUGCUCCCGGAUUAUAUUAUCUGAAUGAAAAAUUGUAUGACUAUUCAAUUGUUGGAUCCCAGCAACAAGGAAUUGGAUUUCCAGGACCACAAGGGCCAUUUACCGGAUUCCCUGGACAAUCAGGCCCUCAGGGCCCUACUGCUCAACGGCCCGGACAAGCCGGACCUCAAGGACCUUCUGCACAGUACCCAGGGCAGACUGGACCUCAAGGACCAUCUGCACAAUACCCAGGUCAAACAGGACCUCAAGGACCUUCUGCACAAUACCCAGGCCAAACCGGUCCCCAAGGGCCUUCUGCACAAUUCCCAGGACAAACUGGACCCCAAGGGCCUUCUGCACAAUUCCCAGGACAAACUGGACCCCAAGGGCCUUCUGCACAAUACCCAGGACAAACUGGACCCCAAGGACCUUCUGCUCAAUACCCAGGACAAACUGGACCUCAAGGGCCUUCUGCACAAUACCCAGGACAAACCGGACCUCAAGGGCCUUCUGCACAAUACCCAGGACAAACCGGACCCCAAGGGCCUUCUGCACAGUACCCAGGACAAACCGGACCUCAAGGGCCUUCUGCACAAUACCCAGGACAAACUGGACCUCAAGGGCCUUCUGCACAAUACCCAGGACAAACCGGGCCUCAGGGACCUUCUGCCCAAUAUCCAGGACAAACCGGACCUCAGGGACCCUCAAGUCAGUUCCCAGGCCAAACCGGACCUCAAGGACCUUCUGCUCAGUAUCCCGGACAGUCAGGACCGCAAGGACCAUCUGGACCUCAAGGACCAUCUGGACCCCAAGGACCAUCUGGCCCAUCUGGACCUCAAGGACCGACAGGGCCCCAAGGACCAUCUACUGGGUAUCCUGGAUCUCAGAGACCAUCCACUGGAUAUCCUGGACAGACUGGACCACAAAGUCCAUCGACCGGAUUCCCUGGCUCACAAGGACCGUCAGGCGGAUAUCCUGGACCAUCUACAGCAGCUCCAGGAUCCAGCCAGUAUCCUGGCCAGAGGCCGUCGGGUACUACACCUUUCCCUGGACAGGGCUCGUCGCGUCCCUCCUUCGGUACCGAAGCUGACGAGUAUCCAGGCGAUCAAGGCACGGCGGGCAAACCUAACAGAGAGUACCUUCCUCCAUAUAGAAGAUAAUUGUGUAUUAGGAUUUUAGUCUAGGUAUGAAAGUAACAACGAACUGCCAGUGUUUUAUAAAUUUUUUAUUGUAUUAUAUGUUUUAUAUUGAGUAGAUUAGACAAAUAAUACUUUAGCUUCUAUCUUCUAUGUUAAAUAAGAAUCACAAAUCUUUAAGUAAUCAGUGUUGUUUUAGCUUUCUCUUUUUUAAAUGGUCUAAAUUAUAUUUCAUAUGCUAAGCAAAUGUCUCGUAGACAACAAUAAUGUGUGCAUUAAGUUAUUAUGUUCUAGCUUUAAGUGCUUAAUGUUAAGAUGUUUUUUACUUUUUUGUAAAGUAUCGCGUUUCUAUUGUGAUAUUACGAGAAAUAAAUGAUCUUUUGUAUAA